AUGAAACGCAAGAAUGCCGUUGCCGUUCGCGAGCUGCGCAAGGCUCGAGGAUCCGGAGAAGCUAGUAGUUCCCGCAGCCAGCGCACCGAGGAACCCAAGGGUUAUACAGGCACGUUUGAAAAGCUAACUGCGGGAGUGCCCAUGUCAACGAUGGAAUGGUUUGCUAGUACCGGAAAGAGAAAGAAGUCGAAGGGCAAGAGUGCUGACCAUGGGAAGAAGAAGGCUGAGCAGAAGCCUCCGCCCCCGAAGAAGACUACCUAUGUUGAUAUGUCUAUUUCUGGUGGGCAGCUCGUUAGAUCAUCUCGUAAGGAUAAGACUGGGAAUGGGAAGGUUCAGCUUAAGAAUGGCGGCGGAUUUCUCGGUUGGUGA